GAUGCAGCGCUAUGUCUCCAUGCCCAGGGAAAAGGCUGCAGAACACAUCCCUCUUCUCUUCAUUGCGUCCCCAUCAGCCAAGGACCCGACAUGGGAGGACCGAUUCCCAGGUCGCUCCACGAUGAUAGUGCUGGUGCCCUCCGCCUAUGAGUGGUUUGAGGAGUGGCAGGAGGAGCCCAAAGGAAAGCGGGGCAGCGAAUAUGAGACCCUCAAAAACUCCUUUGUUGAAGCCUCCGUGUCAGCCGUCAUGAAACUGUUCCCACAGCUGGAGGGGAAGGUGGACAGCGUGACUGGAGGGUCCCCGCUGACCAAUCAGUUCUACCUGGCUGCUCCCCGAGGAGCCUGCUACGGGGCUGACCAUGACCUGCGCCGCCUACAUCCUCGAGUGAUGGCUUCCAUGAGGGCCCAGAGCUCCAUCCCCAACCUCUACCUGACAGGCCAGGAUAUCUUCACCUGUGGGCUGGUGGGGGCCCUGCAAGGGGCCCUUCUGUGUUGCAGUGCCAUCCUGAAACGGAACUUGUACUCAGACCUGAAGAAUCUCAGCUCAAGGAUCUCUGCACAGAAGAAGAAGAAUUAGUUCCAUCAGGCUGAGCCAGAGGAACCUGGCCGAUGACCAGGGCACCUCCCCUGACCUAUCUACAAUGUCUUUCUGCAUUCCUUCCUCAUGCAUAUAAAGCCCUCUAAUUUGGUUUUGAUUUUUGAAUCUCUGUGAUUUGCUUAGGGUAAAUCACAGUUCACAAUCUGAAGCUCUUCCAGCUGGGGCAGGUGAUCUUUUAUAUCUUUUAUAAUGUGGUAUCCAUGUUCAAAGGCCCGUUACCACUAUUGACUGGGACAGCCCUUAUGUCUCCUGAGAAGCUGGGUACCCAUACUCCCUAAUCUGAACAAUCAAAUUGAAUAUUCUUUUGGUCAGGCGGGUAGAACCCCUGGAAGGAGAUGUUGGUCACUGAAGCAGGUUGGCCAGUGCUGUCCUGAGGCUUCUCCUGUCACUCUCAGUCCCCAUCUAGGGAAAAGGGCGACCAAUGAGGUUUUAGUCAUAACCUGGGCAUGGUUUUGGUUGUAGCGCCAUAGGUUCAGAGGCUUCCAGAUCCCAUUUCUGCUGGUUCCAGUGGCUCUUUCAGAGGACAGGAAAGGACCGUGACAGGUACAGAGUGGUUCUGGAGGAUAGGGGUAAUGAGAAGACCUAUUAGUUCUUAAGGUUCAUGUCAAAACAUAACAUCCAAUUGGUAUCAACCAAGUCCUAGCUCAGCCUUCCGUAUGAUCGGGGUGGCAUCUGGUUCUCAAAGUGCCAGCACCAAGACACCCUCAGGGAGCUCAGUACCUGAGCCUCAAGCCUUAUCCUUAACCUGUGAAAUGUGCGGGGAAGGGUGACAUUGGCAGUCAGGGCACAGGCUGGCAAGGUGACUUCAUGGGGGUUGGUGUAGGCUGAAGGAGCAUUCCAAGCCCAGGGCAUAGCAGAGAACAACCAAGAGGCAACAAAUAUGCCAUAACAAUGUCCCAGCUACCUCCUAGACUAGCACACGGGCUUCUGGUAGGGAGGUGUGCGGGUGGGGUUGAAACUGGUCAGGAUGAGAGCAUGGAAAGCCAGAGCAUGUGUGCAAAGCCUGAGAGCAGCAUUUGCUGCUUACUGGUGCAUAUAUGAUGGCUGGGUGGAAAGGUGCAUAUGGUUCAGCAAAAUGGCCUUUUACUUACAUUAAACUGAAGCACCAAUAGC